ACUCGCGUUGUACUAGGCCCGUACCGGCUAUAAGCGAGUGAAGACAGCGAGGUAGUUGGAUACGAGAAUUAGUACGAUCUCGCAGUUAGUGCUCGGCGUACACAGACUCAACAUAAAUCUCUUUCCUCCCUUCGCUUUCGAGUCUGCAUUCUCCAUGUCAGACAGGACGAGCCAAGGCACAUUUUAACGUUCUCGGUACUAAAUAUUCCCCGGUGCAAUUUGUAUCUCGUGCUCGUAUAAACUAAAGGAAACUUUUACCAUAGUUGAAUAGAACUGCCCAAGUGUUGAUACCUUAUAGUUGAAAAAAUGGAGAUUUGUAACGAGGAGGAUCGAUUGUAUAACGUACCACGCGGAAAAUCAUCGUGUCUUAUUGGGAACCGGGAGAAACUACGACGAAAAGAAGUUUCCACCCUCCGGGAACUUAUAGAUGCAUUGCACGAGGUUUUUCAAACGGAUCACGUAAAUAUCGAUCACGUUCAGGACUUGAUGAUGAGCUACAAGAGCAAUCCUUUGGAGUGGAAGAAGUUUGCCAAAUUUGACAGAUAUAGAUACACAAGAAAUCUAGUUGACGAAGGAAAUGGUAGGUUCAAUCUUAUGGUGUUGUGUUGGGGGGAAGGUCAUGGAUCAGCCAUACACGAUCACGCCAAUGCACACUGUGUAAUGAAAGUCCUGCAAGGAAAAUUGUGCGAGACCAGAUAUGCAUGGCCUGCAAAAACUGAAAAGGAAGGCGUGAUGAUAGAGAAUGGAGAAGAACUCAAAGAACUCGAGAGGAAUACACUUGAUACAAACGAGAUUUGUUACAUCAAUGAUUCGUUAGGUUUACAUCGUGUCGAAAAUCCAAGUGCGAUGAAUCCUGCGGUUUCUCUACAUUUAUAUUCGCCUCCAUUCUCAACAUGCUCGGUUUUCAACAAGCAAACUGGACAAAAGUCGAUGUGUAAGGUCACGUUCUGGUCAAAGUAUGGAGAACGAAGAAACCGGGAAAUUCAAGAUGCCAGGUCUCCAGAAGAUAAUUAGUUUAAGUAAGAACGUAAAAAUAUCAUUAGAUAUGCCAAUUAAAUGCCAGUAACAUUUUAAUUAAAUGCAGAAAUGAUUUGAAAUCAUCUAAUUUGUGUAUAAAUUAUCCCAGCAAAUACAAAGUAACAAUUAUAUAACAUCAAUGUUAUAAUUUCCCACUCAAUAAUAUAACUGUUAUACGUACAAGCCAUGUUAUAUUGCGGUUAUAUUAUUGAGUGGGAAAUUAUAACAUUAAUGUUAUGUAAUUGUUAUUUUGUGUUUGCUGGAUAAGGUGGAUAUUAAUUAUAGCAAUACAUUUAUUAAAUUAUAGAAUUAACAUUAUAUAAUUUUCAUCAUAUAAUUGUUUUUAAGUACUUAAAUCUACUUAUUAAGAAUCUGUAGUUGUCUAAGAAAUUUGUAGAUAUUUUUAAAUAAAAAAGAUUUUGUGUUUUCUUGUC